GCAGCUGUGGCGGCCAUUUUGGAAUCCCUUUCAGCACUGUCUCCGAGCGAGUGAGAAGCUGCCCGUCCGCCCGUGGAUGACUUACUUGGCUUGCCUGCCUCCAUUCUUCCCUCGCUCGCCAAACCUCCUUUUCUUUUUUUCGUCCUAAUUCGCCGAGGACGACGCACACGCGUGUGUUCUCUCGCCCCCCGCCGAGCGCCGCAACGACCGAAAGAUUUGUCAGAAAACAAAAAGCGACCGAGCCGUUAUGGCGACUGCUACCCCAAGCCGUGAAGCUGGCCGGCCGGCGGCUGCCGCCGCCGCCGCCUCCUCCUCGACGCCCCUCUCACCCACCCGCAUCUCUCGUCUGCAGGAGAAGCAGGACUUGCAGCACCUCAACGACCGGCUGGCCGUCUACAUCGAGCGGGUGCGCUCCCUGGAGCUGGAGAACGACCGGCUGCUGGUCAAAGUGUCCGAGAAAGAGGAGGUCACCACCAGGGAGGUGAGCGGCCUGAAGCACCUGUACGAGGCCGAGUUGGCGGACGCUCGCCGGGUUCUGGACGAAACCGCCAGGGAGCGCGCCCGGCUGCAGAUCGAUCUGGGCAAGGCUCAGGCGGACUUGGAAGAGGCCACACGCAGCGGCAAGAAGAAGGAUGCGGACCUGGCGGCGGCCAUGACUCGGGCGGCCGCUUUGGAGAGUCAACUGAACCAGAGCGAAGCGGCGCUCUCCACCGCUCUCAGCCAGAAUGCUGCGCUCACCUCCGACCUGCUUGAAGUCAAAGGCCUGCUGGCUAAGGCGGAGGACGCACACGCCGUCGCCAAGCGGCAGCUGGAGGCCGAGACCUUGAUGCGCGUGGACUUGGAGAACCGCUCGCAGUCGCUCAGUGAGGAGCUGGAGUUCAGGAAAAACAUGUUCGAGGAGGAGGUUCGGGAGUCUCGGCGCAGACAAGAGCAGAGAAUUGUGGAGGUGGACUCGGGUGCCAGACAGGACUACGAGUUCAAACUGUCCCAAGCUUUACAGGACCUGAGGAAGCAGCACGAUGAUCAGGUCACUCUCUACAAGGAGGAACUGGAGCAGACCUUCCAGGCCAAGCUGGACAACGCCAAGGUGUCGUCGGCGAUGAACGACAAGGCCGUGCGCACGGCCAGAGAGGAGCUGCAGGAGUCCCGAAUGAGAAUCGAGGGUCUGGCCUACCAGCUGAGCGCCCUGCAGAAACAAGCGGCCGCCGCCGAGGACCGCGUCCGCGAGCUGGAGGACAUCCUGUCGUCGGACCGGGACAAGCACCGGCGCGCGAUGGAGGCCAAGGACCGCGAGAUGAACGACCUGCGCCAGCGCAUGAACGCGCAGCUCUCCGAGUACCAGGAGCUCCUGGACGUCAAGCUCACGCUGGACAUGGAGAUCAACGCCUACAGGAAGCUCCUGGAGGGAGAGGAGCACAGGCUCAAGUUGUCUCCCAGCCCGUCUUCGCGCGUCACCGUCUCCAGGGUGACGGGCUCGUCCUCGUCCCGCACCUCCAAGCGGAGGAGGGCGGACCUGGAGUCAGGUGACGCGUCGGGCGAGGAGCUGAUGCUGGCGACUGAGGAGGACACGGCCAGCGGCGCCGUCUCCAUCUCGCCCACCGACAUGGACGGAAACUCGGUCACCCUGGCUAACGACACGGAGCAGGACCAGCCUUUAGGAAACUGGAGGCUGAAGCGACAAGUGGACGACGCGGACGAGAUCGUUUACAAGUUCUCACCAAAGUUUGUUCUCAAAGCGGGACAGACAGUCACCGUGUGGUCCGCAGACGCCGGCGUGGCCCACAGUCCGCCAUCUGAUCUCCUGUGGAAAAGCCAGGCUUCCUGGGGCACAGGAAGUGAUAUGGUCACCAGCUUGGUCAACUCCGACGGCGAGGAAGUGGCCAGACGGAGCUUCAGUAAGAAGGUGGAAGUGCAAAACGGAGAGGAGGAGGAGGAAGAAGAGGAGGAAGUGGUGCACAAGAGGACCAAAAUGUCGUCCAGAGAGUGCGCCGUCAUGUGAAGCCUCGGCGGGGAACCGCCCGCAUCCAGACAGACGCCUCUUCAUUUUUCUUAGCCGCCGCCGCCACACUUUGAUAGCAACUGUGAGUUUUUUGUUUUUUUGCGUUGUUUUUGACAACGUGUUUGGUUUGUUGUUGGCCAACAACAUUCCCACUGCCAGCGUCACCACUGGACUCAGAAAUAGAUUUUUUUAACCACCUUCUUGAAGGGCUACAAUUGCGCUGCCGCCGUUGUUGACAAACCAUCACAAGGGUUGAUUUUUAAGGAUUUCUUUCACUUUUUACAUUUUUUUAUUUUUUUUUAUUUUUUUUUUUUUUAAUAAAAUCAACCUUUGAAUUUAGUGUGGAGCCUACUGACUGCCCACACCGUAAGAUGGUCUCCUCGUUUUGUCAACAUUUUAGAGCCAGUUGAGGGCUAAUUGAUUUAUUGCUCCUUUGAACAGUUCCAAUAUAUUGAACACUACAAAGACGGGGGGGGGGGGGGGGGGGGGAAUGCUCCUUUCAUUAGUAUUGGUGGAAUAUUUCAGUUCAGGUCGGGGAUUUUAGAAAUAGUCCAAAUUGGAAAGUUUCCAUGGGAAUAAACUGGGAAUUGAGGGUCAUUUAACAGAAAGUUAUCAGUCAUGCAUGAAUUUAAACAUUUAGUUUCAUCAUAAGUAAAUAUCCAUGCAAAAUGGAGAGCUCUCCUUGCCCACAUGUGAAGGCAUUCUUGUACCUUUCGCCAUUUUUUUAAUUAUUUUUUAUUUCCCCCCAAGCGCUUCACUCGUGCGGCAGCAUAUCUGAUGCUUGCUCACAACAAAGCAAAAAAACAAAAAACAAAUCUGCUUGUAACUAGAGACAAUACAACAAGUUGGGGUACUCGUAUACUGCAUGAAAUCUGGGUUGUCUUGGUCAAAAUGAUGAUUCAAAUUCUUUUUAAGAGCUAACCUUCAAGUUUCCCGUUAAUUCCAAUGGAAAAUGUCCAAUUUUGAAAAUGUUCAGAAUUUUGCAACCCUAUUGGUCAGUUUCUGAAUUAAUUGCCACAAUUUCAAGAGGGUGAAAAGAGUGUUUCCACUCGCGGGUCAGUAACUCGCAGCCUUUAUUUCCUGCGCGGUUCCAGCAGACUCGAUUUGAGCGUUUUAUGCAAAGCGUUGAAAAGGCGUAAUUUGCACCCUGAUUUGUCAUCUCACUUUGACUGCUCAUAUGACGCCGAAGACAAAACUAUACACAAAUAUUUAAACUGACCUUUUUUAUUUUUCUGGAAGAAAAUGCACAGGUUACAUGAUGCGUGUUGCUUUUAACACGCCUUUUGUGACAUGGUGUUUGUGUGUCUGUGUUUUCAUGCCAUGUUUUACACUAUAGAUAUUUUAGUUUUUUGGCAGUGUAAUCAGUUUGUUUACAUUCAAUAUGACUUUAAUUUUGUCUUAAGGAUCUCUGUGUGAUUGAGUUUGGGUGUUUAUGACCUCCGCUAGAUUGUACUGCAUUUGAAAUUGUAAUUGAUUCUCCGCUGAUGAUUCCCAUUGAGGCGUAAAUGUGACCGUUCGAUGAUGGUCGAGUUCCUUACGGACUCGCCAGUCUGUUCGCCAGUGUUAACAUUUGUACACUUUGAGAAACGCACACAAAAAUGCAUAAUUAGUGACAUGAUAGAAUGUGAUCAAGUAUUGAACAUAAGCACCCAAGUUUUAGUCAGUGCCUCAGAGACCUGUUUUGUUGUGUGUCGGG